UGUCGAAAAUGUCGAAGCUACUUAUUAUUUUUAUCAUAUCGACUAAUUAUUUCUUCACGCAGUGUCAUGCAGGUGAAGAUGACAGUCCUGUCAAAAGUUCGUCGUGCUCACCAAAUUGCGGAAAAAACGAAAGAUCAGUGAAAUGUCCAGAAACUUUAUGCAUACCUCAAACAUGUGACGAAGUUGGUUACAACGUUCCAUGUCCGAUAGUGGGACCAGGAGGGCCAUGUUCAAAGCCUGCUGAAUGUAUAUGUAUUGAUGGUUACGUAAGAAACAAUAAAGGAGUAUGUGUGCCGAAGAAACAAUGCCCGUCUUGUGGAGGCGACAAAAAUGCGAUUCCAGGCUGUGGAUAUCGCUGCGGAAAACAUUGUGACAAGGCAAUAACUGCGCCGAUUCCGUGCCCUUGCAACUACAAUGGUUGUGUGUGCAAACAGGGCUAUGUUUACGAUGACAACAAAAAGAAAUGUGUUCGACCAAAUAAAUGUUCCAAACCUAAACCCAAUGAAGUAUGGUCUCCAAUUGGAGAGUUUGGCUGUCAAAAGCAUCACUGUAGGCAGAUCAAUCAGCCCGAUCUUUGCAUUGACCCAAUCGAGCCUGUGGGUGCUUAUGUAUGCAAACAAGGUUAUCUACGAGCACGUAACGGUACUUGUAUCCCGAGGGAAGAUUGUUACGCUGAUCUAUGUUCAAAGCCGAAUGAAUAUUACGAAUCAAAUCCAAGUUGUCCUGAAAGAAAGUGUGGUGUCGACGAUUCACUGGUAGACUGGGACUCCGGGCCAGUACCCAUUGGUCCAGGGGCAUGCCGCUGUGAAUGUGACUACUACAGAAAUGACAAAGGUGAUUGCGUACCUUGGGAAGACUGCUCUGGAUGCGGUGGUGAUGAGAAUGCACAACCUGGCUGUGGUGUCAAUUGUGGAAAGCAAUGUUCUGAUGUGCUUAAUCCGAACCCUGUUUGCAUCCUUGUUUGUAAUUUAAAUGGAUGCGAUUGUAAGGACGGUUAUUAUUAUGACAGCAUUAAAAAGAAAUGUGUCAAAGCGAAGGAGUGUACCUCUAUUUGCCCAGCCGACGAAGAAUUAUCUGAAUGUCCGAAUAGAUCUAAUAAUCCUCAGACAUGUAACGAAGUAGGUUACCCAAAACCCAUUAAUACGAGUAGCGUAAAAUGUAAGCCUGCAUGUGUCUGUAAGGAUGGUAAAGUAAGAAAUAAAGAUGGGAAGUGUGUACCUCCAAGCCAAUGUCCUGGUUGCGGCGGUGACGAGAAUGCACAACCUGGCUGCGGUGUCAAUUGUGGAAAGAAGUGUUCUGAUGUUAUUAACCCCAACCCUAUUUGCAUUCUUAUUUGUUAUUUAAAUGGAUGCGAUUGUAAGGACAACUAUUUUUAUGACAGUAAUAAAAAGAAGUGUGUCAAGGCAGAGGAUUGUCCCUCUGUUUGCCCAGCCGACGAAGAAUUAUCUGAUUGUCCGAAUGGAUCUUGUUACCCUCUGACAUGUGACGAAUUGGGUUAUCCAAAGCCCAAUUGUGGGUCGAGCGUUCAAUGCAAGCGUGGAUGUGUAUGUAAGGAUGGAAAAGUCAGAAAUAAAGACGGAAAGUGUGUAGCUACAAGUGAAUGCCCAUCUUGCGGUGGUGACCCAAAUGCACAAUCUGGGUGUGGUGGUAAUUGUGGAAAGAAAUGUUCUGAUUUAAACAACCCGAGUCGCAUUUGCCCGCAUGUAUGUAGAAUAAAUUCAUGUGAUUGUAAGGAAGAUUAUUAUUACGACAGCAAUACACAGAAAUGCGUUAAGAAAGAGAAGUGUCCCUCGAAUUCGUCUCAGCCAAUAACGUGUUCCGAUGACACAUUACAAUUACUACAACGUGGAAAUGCUCUGUUUACUGGGAAAUUCCUUAAUGUAGCCUACAAGAAAACUCCUCGAAAGAGUUUGAUAAUGUCUCCACUUUCUGUAUUUGUGCCUAUCGCUGAACUGGCGCUUUAUGCUGAAGAUGAUACUUAUACACAACUUAUGAACAUCCUCAACCUGCGUACCAAAAAUGAUAUCAGAUGUGUAUUCCCAACUUUGACAAGAACUUUGCGAGAUAACCAAGAAGUGAUACUGAAGCUGCCAGCUAGAUUUUAUUUUAGCGAUCUCUAUCCGAUUAAACAAAACUUCCAUAAUGAUAUGAGGAAUGUAUUCGAUGCUGAUGCACAAAACUUAGACUUUAGUGAUAAACAAGGUUCCGCUGAUAUAAUAAAUGCAUGGGUCGAAAAUAAUACAAACAACCGUAUUAAGGACAUCGCUUCACCUGAAAUGUUUGACGAUGAUACACGACUUGUCCUCGCCAACGCUAUCUUCUUUUUGGGCAAUUGGGUGACACAAUUCAAUCCGAAUGAAACGACGAACCGUCCAUUCCAUAUAUCCAGUACUAAAACCAUAAAUAUUCCAACCAUGUACCAAGAGGACAAUUUCAGAUAUGCAGAAAGUGGUACCCUUAACUGUAAGAUACUAGAAAUGCCCUAUAAGGGAGGAAAUUUCUCAUUCGUUGUAUUUUUACCGAACUCAGUGGAUGGUCUGUCAGCGUUAGUAGAGAAACUGCAAGAUCCGGAUGUGUUCUAUGGUGCAUACGAUAGCACCUCUUAUGAGAAAGUCAUGGUAUAUUUGCCGAAAAUAAAAACAGAGGCCGAAUAUAAUUUGAUAGAAAUCAUGCAAAAGGCUGGCGUCACAGAUUUAUUUGAUCGCUAUAAAUCCAACCUGCAAAAUAUCUUGGAAAAAUAUGAACCUCUCUAUAUUUCUGCUGCGAAACAAAAAGCCUUUGUGCAGGUUGAUGAAACAGGCACUGAAGCAGCGGCUGCAAACAUAUUUAUUGGUUCAACAAUAACUUCUGUUGGUCCAACUCGCCCCAUCUACCUCUUCAACGCGGACCAUCCUUUCGCCUAUUAUAUAUUAAGAAAGCGAGACAUUAUUUUCUGCGGAACCUUUGUAGAUAUCGAUAAUUAG